UCUGGAUCAAUGAUAUUGUAAUUGUAGGUUCCAUGUGCUUUAUGUCUGGAUCUGUUGAAAUGGAAAAUGCCUACCUUCCAGAAAAUGAAGUAGGCGUAUGGCAGUGGUUAUUUGGCAAAACAAUAACUAGCAUUGUUCUUCGCAAUUCUGGAUCAAGUGAUGGAUUUGUUGGAAUUGCUGCACCUUAUUUUGCAAGAAUUCUCCCGAUUGAUUUGGCAAUGUUCAAUGGAGAGAUUUUGUGUCAGCCAGAUGCGUUUCUUUGCUCUGUCAAUGAUGUGAAGGUUAGCAACAUGGUUGAUCAGAGGGGAAGAAAUAUUGUUGCCAGUGCUGAGGGAUUCUUGAGGCAAAAGCUAUCUGGCCAAGGGCUUGCAUUUAUACUUGCGGGUGGAUCUGUUGUACAGAAAAAUCUAGAGAUUGGUGAAGUUCUAGCUGUUGAUGUUUCUUCCAUUGUUGCUGUGACAAGUACAGUCAAUAUCCAAAUUAAAUAUAAUGGUCCUGCAAGAAGGACAAUGUUUGGGGUAAGUAACUUCCAUAUCUCGAGCCUUUUUAUGUAUCCAAUCAAUACUGUUUUCACAAAAAAAAAUCCUUAAAUUUUUGUGAGGGCUCAUGAGCUAUGCAUGUUUGGUAUCUCCCAUCCUCUCUGAAAUUUUUGUGAGGGUUCAUGAACUAUGCAUUUUUGGUAUCUCCCAUCCUCUCUGAUAAUGGUAAGACUUCCAAUUUCCGAGUCUUUAUGCGCAUUGAAAAAGACUUUACCAGCUGACAACUUCAGUAGUAAACUUUGUAAUUUUUGACCAUAUGAUGGCAAAAAUUGAGAUUUUGCAUUCCUAAACUAACUUGGAAUUAAGUCUUCUAAAGUGGGGUGUAGUUUUUUUGUUUUUUUGGGUUUGCACCAAAGAUAUCUUCUAACAGUUAGUCAGAAACCAAUUCUUUUCAAAGUGGAAAGA